GAAGUAGGCGCCCGCGCCGACUCCCGGCCGAACUCCCGUUAUAAUUGAACAGCAACACCACCACUUGUCUGCGCGGGCAGUGCGCCGACCGCACGCCCUUCUAAUAGCGCGAAUGUGUCAUCUUAACACACGAACAAGAUUUCGCAUUUAAAAGUGUUCUACUAACUUUAAGUUUUAUUUAUAUUUAGUGCAAUAAAAGACAGUUAUAUCAAAAUGUGCUCGAAAAGUAUAUCAUUCUAUAUUUAUAUGGCGUUACUAGCGAGCAGUUUAGCAAGCGAUUGCGGACCGACGUUAAAAUACGCGUGGGGAGAUGCCCUACUAGCAUCAGACUGUCCAGGUCCAGAUGGUUCCCCAUAUCCAAGGCACCUGGUAAACAGAGCGUUGAAAUCAGGACCAUGGGGACAAUCGAACAGGCAGGGGCGAGGGCUCCGGACGCUAGACCCUGCUAUCAUGAGGCGGGCGUUACUCGAAGCACACGCCGGCUACGGUGAAGCGUCCAAUAUACAAAACGGAAAUCGAACAGCUCGAGCAAGCAACAUACCAUCCGGUCUAUCGCCGGCCAACCCGCACACUUGCGGGAGCGCCCGCUUGUGCCGUACGCGGUAUAACACCACCGCACCCAUGUACGGCGUCUCCCUCACCUCGGGACAGCCUGUCACCAUCGUGCAGAAGUUCCCUGACCUACUGCAGCAGGUCGUCUUCGAAGUAUGCGAAACGAGUGAAUGUUCCGUCCUCCGCGGUACUUGCACACAGACAUACGUGCCCUAUUUAUUCUUAGUGUUACCUCUCGGUCCAGUUACUCUAACAGGACAGGACUACGUGUUGGUAGAGUCCGGCUGCGUUUGUAAACCAGAUCCAAUGCUAUAGAAAUAUCGGUUUUUUAUGGUUGCUGCAUUUAUGUCGUUUUGUUUUGUGAAUAUUCAGAAAAAAAUCGGUUAUGAGAAUGUGAAGGAACAUGCAAUCUAUAGAUUCAUUAAUCUAUGUACGAUUCGAAUUUCGUAUUUUACAAUAUUCAAUGAAAAUAAUGAAAGUAAAUUCGAAACAUAAA